AUGGGCGCGGAGCGCAGGGCGGCGGCGCCGGCUCCCCGCGGCUGCGCCUGCGGCGGCGGCGGCAGCUGGCGGCUCUUCCUCGGCUUCUUCGCGCUGUCGCUGGCGCUGCACGUCCUGACCCUGGGCUGUUACCUGGAGCUGCGCUCCGAGCUCCGCCGCGACCGCGGCCCGCAGCCCGCGGCCCCGCCGCGCCGGGACGGGACGGCGGCAGCGCCCGGAGCCCCGGCCGGGGGCCGCCCGCAGCGCGCGGCCGAGGGCGCGGAGCGGCGCCAGCAGCUGGCCUUGCUGAACUUCUUCCACCCCGAGGAGAAGCUGCACGUUGGAGAAGAAGGGAGGCGCGUCCGUCGGAAUAAAAGGAGUAAAGGCAGCGAAGGGCCCGACGGUCCAAGUUCAGUGAAAAACAAGAAAAAGGGUAAAAAGGCUGGUCCUCCAGGGCCCAACGGUCCCCAAGGGCCACCGGGGCCUCCCGGGCCGCAGGGUCCCCCCGGCAUUCCCGGCAUCCCCGGCAUUCCAGGCACCACCGUCAUGGGCCCGCCCGGCCCCCCUGGCCCCCCGGGCCCUCAGGGACCCCCCGGCCUGCAGGGCCCCUCAGGUGCCACAGACAAGGCCAGCUCCAGAGACAUCCAGCCAGCUGUGGUCCAUCUCCAAGGCCAAGGCUCAGCAAUCCAAGUGAAGAAUGAUCUUUCAGGUGGAGUCCUCAAUGACUGGUCUCGCAUCACUCUGAACCCCAAGGUGUUUAAGCUGCAUGCCCGCAGUGGGGAGCUGGAGGUACUGGUGGACGGCACAUACUUCAUCUAUAGUCAGGUAGAAGUCUACUACAUCAACUUCACCGAUUUCGCCAGCUACGAGGUGGUGGUGGACGAGAAGCCCUUUCUGCAAUGCACUCGCAGCAUCGAGACCGGCAAGACCAACUUCAACACCUGCUACACGGCCGGCGUGUGCCUGCUCAAGGCCAGGCAGAAGAUUGCUGUGAAGAUGGUCCACGCUGACAUCUCCAUCAACAUGAGCAAGCACACGACUUUCUUUGGGGCCAUCCGCCUGGGAGAUGCACCCGCGUCCUAGAGAGGAACUUGGCGUGGCCAGGGACGCCCACGGAACUGCCCAGUGCUGCUGUUCAUAAAGCCUAUCAGUAUUUCAGGGGUUCUGUAAUCCGGCCAUAAAGGAAACUGAUCCAGAGCUAUUUAUUCCUAUAUGUGAAUGCAGGAAGCACAAUUGUCCUCUGUGACUCGCGGGGAGACUCGGAUCAAACCAAAAAGCUGGUGGGGAGAGCGUUGUGAGGAGGAAAGGCUGUUGGGUGUGCCUUGUCUCAGUAUUUCAAGUAUUACUGCACUGAUACUCUGCUCUGUGACCUUCACACGAGGCUUGCUGGGAGAGCUGGGGGCUCUGCUCGGAUGUUGGCGCUGGCAGGAGCAUCCCAGGCAGGAGGGAGCGGGAGGACACGGACUCCUGUCCCCAAAUCCCAGCCAGGCUCCUGCAUGUGCACGCUAACCACAGCCAGGAAGGGGGUUCUGGCUCCCUGCCUUCCCAGGGGGAGCUGGAAGGGCUGGGGGGCGAGGGGAGGUGCGUGAGAUAGGGUCAGUGGUGUUUACAUUCAUCCUCAGGAGGAGGAGGAGGAAAAGUGCCUCGACCUAGAGCUUGGAAGCAAAAGCAGGAAGUGCGAGAGGAAGAGGAGUAACUAGAGCAGGCUUAGCAGAUAGGAAACUGCCUCCACAUUCCAGAAACCACCAAAUCCCAAAGAAAACGCCGAUUCCCGGGUCCAGGCCUCUGCUCCUUUCAGCUCCUGCCCUUACCCCAGAGGUAACCUUGCCCCAGCGGGGGCUGCCUUCAAGUACUGCUGCUGUUACAGCAAGUUGAGUUGGGUUGGGGGUAUUUUGGUUUUGUUUUGGUUUUUUUGUUUUGUUUUGUUUUGUUUGGGGGGGGGGAGUUUUGUUUUGUUCUUUUUAAUUAAUAUUUUGCAAACCAGAACACAUUUCUACAGGCUUCACCGAGCCACGUAGAGCAGCCACAAGUACUUGUGACAACACU